AUGCCGCCGCUCAGGGCCACGCGGCCCACCCGCAGGCGCAUGCUGUGGCUUCCGCGGUACCACCCUCUGGGUUCAGUCUACAUCGGGCCCUUCCAGGGAGGAGGACCAUUCGAGGCAUCGCGAGCAUGCGGUGGGUCCAGCGCGCAGGCAAAAACGGAUAGUAUAUUGACCAAGGGAGCCGUCACUGCUGCAGCUGCCAGCAUGCACAUGACUACUCCUGGUGAGCCACCCAUCCCACCACCACCGUCUGGCCGGCCCAGAUCGUUCGGGUGGCUUCAAGGGUCCUCGCGCUCCCAGAGCCGACGAGGGAAACAACAGCAAGUGUUCCCUCGAAGGAACCACCACCGGCGAGCCACCCAUUCCACCGCCAGUCUGGCCGUACCAGAUCGUUCGGGUGGCUUCAAGGGACCUCGCGCUCCCAGAGCCGACGAGGGAAACAGCAAGUGUUCCCUCGAAGGGACCACACCCGGCGAGCCACCCAUUCCACCGCCAGUCUGGCCGGACCAGAUCGUUCUGGUGGAUUCAAGGGUCCUCGCGCUCCCAGAGCCGACGAGGGAAAGAACAGCAAGUGUUCCCUCGAAGGGCCCACCACCGGCGAGCCACCCAUCCCACCACUACCGUCUGGCCGGCCAAGAUUGUUCGAGUGGCUUCAAGGGACCUCGCGCUCCCAGAGCCGACGAGGGAAACAACAGCAAGUGUUCCCUCGAAGGGACCACACCCGGCGAGCCACCCAUCCCACCACCACCAUCUGGCCGGCCCAGAUCGUUCGGGUGGCUUCAAGGGUCCUCGCGCUCCCAGAGCCGACGAGGGAAACAACAGCAAGUGUUCCCUCGAAGGGACCACACCCGGCGAGCCACCCAUUCCACCGCCAGUCUGGCCGUACCAGAUCGUUCGGGUGGCUUCAAGGGACCUCGCGCUCCCAGAGCCGACGAGGGAAAGAACAGCAAGUGUUCCCUCGAAGGGCCCACCACCGGCGAGCCACCCAUCCCACCACUACCGUCUGGCCGGCCAAGAUUGUUCGAGUGGCUUCAAGGGACCUCGCGCUCCCAGAGCCGACGAGGGAAACAACAGCAAGUGUUCCCUCGAAGGGACCACACCCGGCGAGCCACCCAUCCACCACCACCAGUCUGGCCGUACCAGAUCGUUCGGGUGGCUUCAAGGGACCUCGCGCUCCCAGAGCCGACGAGGGAAAGAACAGCAAGUGUUCCCUCGAAGGGCCCACCACCGGCGAGCCACCCAUCCCACCACUACCGUCUGGCCGGCCAAGAUUGUUCGAGUGGCUUCAAGGGACCUCGCGCUCCCAGAGCCGACGAGGGAAACAACAGCAAGUGUUCCCUCGAAGGGACCACACCCGGCGAGCCACCCAUCCCACCACCACCAUCUGGCCGGCCCAGAUCGUUCUGGUGGAUUCAAGGGUCCUCGCGCUCCCAGAGCCGACGAGGGAAAGAACAGCAAGUGUUCCCUCGAAGGGCCCACCACCGGCGAGCCACCCAUCCCACCACUACCGUCUGGCCGGCCAAGAUUGUUCGAGUGGCUUCAAGGGACCUCGCGCUCCCAGAGCCGACGAGGGAAACAACAGCAAGUGUUCCCUCGAAGGGACCACACCCGGCGAGCCACCCAUCCCACCACCACCAUCUGGCCGGCCCAGAUCGUUCGAGUGGCUUCAAGGGACCUCGCGCUCCCAGAGCCGACGAGGGAAACAACAGCAAGUGUUCCCUCGAAGGGACCACACCCGGCGAGCCACCCAUCCCACCACCACCGUCUGGCCGGCCAAGAUUGUUCGGGUGGCUUCAAGGGACCUCGCGCUCCCAGAGCCGACGAGGGAAACAACAGCAAGUGUUCCCUCGAAGGGCCAACUCCCGGCGAGCCACCCAUCCCACCACCACCAUCUGGCCGGCCCAGAUCGUUCGGGUGGCUUCAAGGGUCCUCGCGCUCCCAGAGCCGACGAGGGAAACAACAGCAAGUGUUCCCUCGAAGGGACCACACUCCGGCGAGCCACCCAUCCCACCACCACCAUCUGGCCGGCCCAGAUCGUUCGGGUGGCUUCAAGGGUCCUCGCGCUCCCAGAGCCGACGAGGGAAACAACAGCAAGUGUUCCCUCGAAGGGACCACACCCGGCGAGCCACCCAUCCCACCACCACCAUCUGGCCGGCCCAGAUCGUUCGGGUGGCUUCAAGGGUACCUCGCGCUCCCAGAGCCGACGAGGGAAACAACAGCAAGUGUUCCCUCGAAGGGACCACACCCGGCGAGCCACCCAUCCCACCACCACCGUCUGGCCGGCCCAGAUCGUUCGGGUGGCUUCAAGGGUCCUCGCGCUCCCAGAGCCGACGAGGGAAAGAACAGCAAGUGUUCCCUCGAAGGGCCAACUCCCGGCGAGCCACCCAUCCCACCACCACCGUCUGGCCGGCCCAGAUCGUUCGGGUGGCUUCAAGGGUCCUCGCGCUCCCAGAGCCGACGAGGGAAACAACAGCAAGUGUUCCCUCGAAGGGACCACACCCGGCGAGCCACCCAUCCCACCACCACCGUCUGGACGGGCCAGAUCGUUCGGGUGGCUUCAAGGGUCCUGGCGCUCCCAGAGCCGACGAGGGAAACAACAGCAAGUGUUCCCUCGAAGGGACCACACCCGGCGAGCCACCCAUUCCACCACCAGUCUGGCCGGACCAGAUCGUUCGGGUGGAUUCAAGGGUCCUCGCGCUCCCAGAGCCGACGAGGGAAACAUCAAGUUUUCCCUCGAAGGGCCCACUUUUUGGCGGCCUCAAAUGA